UGUAACACUCAUGGGACGCUUGAUUCGACGUGAACCAACGUCACUAGUUAAAAUGUUUAACCGAGUCCAUUCCGGUGGGGUCAGGGAGAAGGUCAUCACAGCAGCGGUUACAGAUGAGGAGCUAUUUGAUCUGGUGAAAGCAGCUGUGGGCUUUAUCAAUGGUGUGGUGGAAAUGAAAAGGUCAUUGGGACUACCUUACUAUGAGCCCCGUGAAGGAGUGCAAACGACAUCAUUUGCUGGGGAGUGUGGCUCAGUCAAGGAGAACAUUGUGUCGCAAACCGCGGCCUUGGACUCUGACCAAGACCUUUCUCUUCCGCCGGUGUUAGGGUAGGAUUGCACGUCUGACAUGACCCGGCAGACGAUAACCCAGGAUGAUCUGGUGUCCAUGUUUGGACCGCUAUCAGCACCAUUUCGGGAAAGGAAGUCUGGAAUCCCCGAGGACCUUCAGUACGGAGGCUUUCGCGUCAAUGCGAGGUAUGUGCACAACAAUGAGCCGUUGACCCAGCCCUCCGGGCAUGUGCCAGUUUCGCUCUUCUCCUUGAUAACCAGGUUCCGGGACGUCGGUGCUUCAGAUCCUCGUGAUAAAGUGUUUGCGUUUCUGCACAUGGCAACAGAGACGUUGGACUUGAAGGCAAAUUACCGUGCAAGUCCACAGUUCAUUUACCUAAGAACCGCGCAGCUGCUCUUGAAAAAGGACCUAACCCUCCUAUCUCAUGUUCAGGAUCCGGAAGACACCAAGCUUACUGGUUUGCCCAGCUUGGUGCCAGACUUCAGUGUACCUCUGGGUCGCGUGCCUUUCGCGACUUCGGAACCGUGUGUCUACUCUGCCAGUGGCUCGGGAGGAGCCCAGCCUCUCUUCUUUCGCACGGCAGACCAAGAGACUGGAAAGCUCGAAGUGCUGGUUCUGUGCGGGCGGUACGUGGACACUGUUGCUGGAGUUGCCAGACGUAAAGGGUGCUACUUUACUCGAGUUGGAGAGCUAGCGCUCCAAACGCCGAAGUUUUACAGCAAAGUCACGGGUCUCGAGUACACGCGAAAGAGCAGAAAAUAUCUGCAUUAUGCAUUUGGUACCGAGGAAUACGAGGGCGGACCUGCGCCCCUAUGCCGGGUUGAAGCUCUUUGGCGCACCCUCAUCGGUGAUUACUCUUCCGGCCUAUAUCCUGCACCAGUGACUACUGGUUUUGGGUUCUCCGAAUGGGUAGCCACGCAUCUACAUCAUUCCACACACCUGUCGGCUCUCGCACAAGAUCAUAUCGCUGCUGCUAAUCCACAAGCAGUGAGUGCGGUUAUAAACGACUUCGAUGCCAUCCAGAAACGCAAACAAGAUGUCUUUACUCGACUGCACCCGGACGAACCAGGCGGCUAUCUGUGUUUCGAUUGCGCAAACGAGUUUUUCAACGACCGUUUUGCCGACGACGGUGAUGCCAAACGCAUGCUGGACAAGGUCGGCCUGGUGCCCGCGAUGCAUCCGGUUCGCUACAUGCCAGAUGCCGACCGCCUGAGAGCCCUCCAGCCUUGUUUCCCGAAUCUCCUUUCCAUGACAGCCAAAGAGGACCGACUAGAGUUUGCUCGAGAUAGCAGCAAGAAGUGCCCGGACCUUUCCAGGGCCGAAGCCGCACGUCGGUCGGAAUUCGAAAAUCGCAUGCGCGAGGUCAAGAAGGGCCGCAGGAUGUUUCGAACCGAGCGAGACCUGUUGGGGAUGGGGACCAAGUCCGUCAGAGAAGGUGAUGAGGUAUGGAUUCUGCCGGGGGCGAAGGUACCGUUUGUUUUGAGGCCAGUUAAGGGGAAGACACCGAAGCGGUUUCGGCUGGUUGAGGAGGCGUAUUUGCAUGGGUAUAUGGAUGGGGAGGUUUUGGGCGAGGGGAGGGAGUUGGAGGCUUUUGGGUUGGUUUGAGUGGUUUUACCAUUGUCAUUUUCAUCGGAGUUUGUUUUUUAGAAAAAUCUUACAGCAGGGUCGUCUCAUUGUGCAGCGACUCGCUCAUGCUAUCGUGUUAUCCGCCGCCCUCGUGCUUCACCGUAUCUCCCUCCUGUCUUAUCUUCUCCCCCCACUCCUCAAACCCAAAACUCCAAAUCUUUUCCUGCGCACUCAGAGCCGCCUUCCCCUUCUUCCCUUC